AGGCCAUGCAGAGCGAACAGCGAGUCCUGAUCGCCCGAUAUUGCUUCCGCAAAGACUCUCAGCCACGGAUGGUGGCCCUGAUCCCGAAGAAAGAACCUGGAUGUUCUGCACAGAUGAUCCUGCACUACUUGCCUUUCAUGGAAGACAUUCGUGAAUGGACGUGUGCAUCUCUUCCGGAGCCUAGUGGCGAUCAAAAGGCCUUCGCGAACACCCUCGUGGAUGCGAUGACCUUGACAGGUGAAAGAGAAUUGCUGAGGCCAGAGGACACCAACAACCCCUCUCUUGCACGCUUCUACGACUUCUUGGGCCAACGUGCUCUUGAUCCAGGGGCAAAGCUGCUGGCAGCUGCGCCAGAUCAGUCCCAAAUCCUCGAACCACCAGAAGAAGCACAGCAAGCUUUAGCAAAGGCGCUUCCUGAAAACGAACGCAACAAAGUGAAGACAUUGUUCGGCCUGGAAAAGGUGGAGAAGUCUGCCGGACGUGAACGCAAGCGCUUCUGGCGAGAGGCAAUUGCCGAGAAGACCAAAAAUUCUGCUGCUCUGAUCGGUGAAGUGGACACCAAGAAGAUCAAAGUAGAUGCGUACACAGGUGCCAAGAAGAGCGAGGAAAAGGACGAAGAUAAGGCGCCUUUGCGAGCAGUCAAAGGGGAGGAUUCGCAAGGCCAAGAUGACAGCAUGGCUGUUGCUGUGGGUGUUCCUCCAAGAGUACAUAUUGGCUCUGUGCAUCCUGAGCGGGACUUCGAACGCUGGCUCAAUGAGCGUCGCACGGGCGGCGUGGAUGUGGUGGCGCCUGCGAUUGAGCAAAUGUGCGAUGUCAUCCUGCGCUUUGCCGAAGAGGGUGAGGAAUUUCAUGGGAAGGCUUUGGCUUGUUUGGCUACUUUGCGACGUGGCUGCGUGCGUGAAGCUGAAUCAGCUGGCUACAAUGAGUUCUUGCGAAGGCUGCGACUGCGUCUCACGCGGCGACAGGGUAUGCUGUGGGAGCGGGUUUGCCAGGACACAGGUUUGGGCCUCAUCACCGAUACUGAAGUGGUCACCAGUACAGUCACCUCCGUAGAGGCCAAGGCCUUCCUUGAAGGGAAAGAUGUGUCGCCAUCAGCCACCGCUGCGGCAUCAGCAACCGCCACAGCACCAGGAGUUCCAGCGACUGCACUGUCGGAGCGGGAGCUUGAAGCCAUGAUCGAGUGAGGAUUGCAGUGGUUUAUUUUGGAUGGGUUCAUUGGGGCUGAGGGGGAGCAAGUGGGCAAAAC